CGUCCAGACUGUCUGUCCAUCGCGAAAUGGAACUUCGAGAUCCAGUCGGUGUCUGAAAAUGAGAAAAACGCUUCUGAUUGUUUACAUCCACGGCUUCAAGGGAGAUGAUGAUACAUUCGGAGAUUUCCCAGAGCAUUUCCGCGCGCAGGUCAGCCGCUCGCUCCCCUCCGUGAAGGUCGCCACGGCGGUAUACCCCAAAUACGAGACCCGAGGGGAUCUCAAAGAAUGCGUGAGCGUAUUCCGCGAAUGGCUUCAAAACCAGGUCAUCGAUCUGGAAGUCGAGAACCGAACUGCCUCCCCUACCGUUGAUCCGUCCGUCCAUGUCUUCCUCGUUGGCCACUCGAUGGGUGGCAUCGUCGCCGCCGAAACGCUCCUUCUAGUCGCCUCAGAACAGCCGAUCCCUCCCAAGCACGCCGAUCCUCUAGUGGAUUCGGGAACGGCGGAAAAUGCGCCUGCGAUAGAGCCGGGCUCGUUCAUGUUUCCACACAUCCAGGGGGUGCUUGCUUUCGAUACCCCCUUCCUAGGGAUUGCGCCCGGAGUGGUGUCGUACGGUGCUGAAGGACACUACAGGAACGCAGCAUCAGCAUACAAUACCAUCUCCGAGGUAGCGGGCAUAUUCGGCUUGGGAGGGGCCAAUACUUCAUCGAAGGGUGCAGGUGCAAGCCAGGCUAAGCGCGGCAGAGAAGCUUUGCCCUCUCAGUCCGGCAGCAAUGCACCCUCUGCCGAUGCGGCCGCAACGCCGUCAUGGCAGCGAUGGGGUCGAUAUGCGAUGUUUGCAGGGGCUGCGGGCGCCGUGGCGGCAGGCGGGGCCGCUGCGAUGUACUCUCAACGCGACCGCCUGACCGAUGGAUUUGGAUGGGUGUCCUCCCAUCUCGCAUUCGUCGGGUGUCUGGCACGGCCGGCUGAGUUGCGCCAGCGCCUGGUCCUUCUGUCCCAGGUGCACGAGGAGCGCGGGAUUGGCUGCACGAACUUCUUUACAUGCCUGGGUCAAGGCGCCGGCUCGCUGGUCGAGAAAGGCGACCAAGCCAAGACCUCUUUCAGCCAGAAGAUUAUCCGAUCCAAACAUCGCACCUUCUGCACCCUCCCGACCGAGCUCGAGGGUCAGGACAUGCGGUUCCUCCCGGCACCCGGACUGGGAUGGGCGCGGGCCACGAAUGACAAGGCGGGAGACGAGGUUAAGGCGCACGUCACCAUGUUUCUACCGACGGACAACCCGGCUUUCUACGACCUUGUCAACGAUGCAUGCAGGGUGCUAGUCAAAUCGGUCGACAAGGGUUGGUACGCCGGCGCCACUACAAUCCCAGUCGAAGAAAUCCCACAGACCGAGAACGGCAAGGCCCAGGCGAGCACCGAUAGCGGAUUCAUGGACGGAGACGACGUCGUGGUCGUGGAAUGAGAUAAACGGUUAAACUCCACGAUCGGGUAUCAAUGUCAUGUCUCAACCAUAAAAAGCUAAUCUCCGUCGUUCCAAGUUCCAUUGGACCGUGACCGGCUCGAGGACGACGCAAGUGUGGAGGGGGGGCGUCCACAGAGGUGAGGAAAAAAUGGGGAAGAG